AUGGUUGAAGAGGGUACAAUAGGAAUUGCUCUGAAUUUGGAAUCAAAUAAUGUUGGCGUUGUAUUAAUGGGUGAUGGUUUGAUGAUACAAGAAGAAAGUUCUGUAAAAGCAAUAGGAAGAAUUGCUCAGAUUCCUGUGAGUGAGGCUUAUUUGGGUCAUGUUAUAAAUGCUCUGGCUAAACCUUUGGAUGGGAGAGGUGAAAUUUUAGCUUUUGAAUCUCGAUUAAUUGAAUCUCCUGCCCUAGGUAUUAUUUCGAGACGUUCUGUAUAUGAACCUCUUCAAAUGGGGCUUAUUGCUAUCGAUUCGAUGAUCCCUAUAGGAUGCG